CCUCCCCGCCCCCCACCGGAGGCAGUAACCCCAGAGAGCUCCGUCAAGAGGGCGGCGGUGACUGGCUAGCAUGAACAACUGCUCACAUAGUCACCGCAGCGCAUAAGCUUUCAUGUGCAUGGCAACAACUCACAAACUGGCCUCCUAAUUUGCAGCAGAAGACCUUUUCCAGAGGACCCUGAAGCUGCCUCCUGCAGUGGUCUCGACUCGCUCCUGUUUACCUCGUCGAGAUGUCUGCUUUCUCCGAGGCGGCAUUAGAGAAAAAACUAUCCGAGCUUAGCAACUCUCAGCAAAGUGUGCAAACGCUGUCGCUGUGGCUCAUCCACCACAGAAAACACUCGAAGACUAUUGUCACGGUGUGGUUCACCGAACUGAAGAAAGCUCAGGUAUCGCGCAAGCUGACCUUCCUUUACUUGGCCAACGACGUCAUUCAGAACAGCAAGAGAAAAGGACCGGAGUUCACCCAGGACUUUGCGCCGGUCAUCGUUGAAGCAUUCAAACAUGUCAACAGGGAAGGCGAGGAGGGCUGCAAGAAACAGCUAGGUCGGGUUUUAUCCAUCUGGCAGGAGAGAGCGGUGUAUGAGAACAACCUGCUGGAGCAGCUCUCAGAGGUCCUCUAUGGAGAAAAGAAACCUAAGAAAAGAUCUUAUGAGGAGAUCCACCCUGAUGAUGAGGGCUUCGCCUCCCGUAGCUCCCCAGCUGAUCCUCCACAGACAGCAGAUUUAAUUCGAGCCCUGCAGGAACUCGAAAACGCCGCCUCCAGCGACUCGGUGCUGCGGCAGCGCAUCUUCUCUCUUCCUGCCGAGGUCCAGGACACGUCCCUCCUUCACAGGAUCACAGACAAAGAGUCGGGCGAGCGGCUCUCCCGGAUGGUCGAGGAAGCCUGCAUGCUUUUAGCCGACUACAGCGGUCGCUUGGCCGCGGAGAUUGACGACAGGAGGCAGCUCACACGUACGCUAACGACCUUCCUGCAGAGCCAGAAGGACGGCUUGACCCAGAACGAGCAGAAACUCGAAGAAUACAAGAGGAAACUGACGAUGGUGUCGCAGGUCCGGAAAGAACUGCGGUCGCGCCUCAGUAACCUUUCAGAAGGACAUCGCAACUCUUCCAAAUGACUGCCAAUACUCGCCUUCUCACCAGUUCCCAACACAGACCGAAGCAGCAUCUGUUCUCACCUGUCUUCACUGAACUAUUUAUCCAUGUCUCUUGAGCCCCAAGUGUCCACAUCUCCAUUUACAAGCUCAUGUUUUUAAUUUAAGGAUACGUUAAGAUUGUAUCACAGGACUUUCAUGUGGUGACACCUGCAGACUGACUUUUAAAGCUUUAAAGUGGUGUGACUGGUAUGAUUUUUUUUUUUUGGGGGGGGCAACUUGAGGCAUCAGAGUGUAGGUCCUUUUAAGUGUUGAUGAUUCAGGAGUUCCAGUAUUGGGAUGUUUUUGUAAUAUGCCUUGCAUUGUUUCGAGAUAUUCACGUAGCUUUUUUGCUAGAGAUCACUGUGGCAGUCACUCGAGCUGGAAUCAUUGAUUUUAUAAAGUGUAUUGGAAAAAAAAAUGUAUAUUUUGAGAUUGUCAGAAAACGUUGGAAACCCAGGUUCCAUAAAGCAAACUACGUGUUUACGCUUUUCGUGAACCCUGUUUUGUGAAAGGAUUGUCUGAAAACCUUGCUCAGUGUACACACAUUUGCAUGUAAACCUGAUGGAAAUCAUAAGUGUUUAUGAUUUGUAUACAUCAUCCAGAUCAAGAAACAAGUAGGACAAGUGUUUUUUUUUUGUUUUUUUUUUUACUUAUGGUGUGCUUACACAGUGAGUGAAUUUUGUGUUGUGUUGUUUACUGUGAUGCUUUAUAGUUUCCAAUCAAAUGCGUCAUGCAGCCUGAAAAGUGCCCCGGUUUCCAAAGUUAGAAUAAAACCAGCUUUGUUUUUGUCACUUUCAAGCAAAUGCUUUACAAAACAGAAUAAACAGAAUAUAUA